GCAAUUCAUAACGAGGCACUAUCGUUGCCUUCCGAGUUCCUGGCUUGCCGUCGCUGCUGUCACGAGUCCCGGUCCGCGGCGACGUUGACGCGGUGCGCGCGGCCGAACGACGAGUUUCGUUCUUCGCGAACACCCCCAGCGUCGUCGAGGGGGCGAUCUCGACCCUCACCAUUGACGCGACGCCUCGGCGGACUUGGGAGGCGCGCAAAGCGAGGUGACGACGCAGGGAGAAUCGACACCCGGAGUGAGAGAUCGUCACGGCGGGCGGCAGGUCGUGCCAACCCGCAGCAGCAGCAGCAGGAGCUACUGGCAGCACCAGCAGCAGCAGCAGCAGGAGCUACUGGCAGCAGGGUAGCCGCCGACGCCGAGGACUGGCAUCACAAGCCUCUCAAUCUCCCGCGAUACCAUCCAGCAGCGAGAGACGUGGCCACAGGCCUCGAUUGCAAACGGAAUAUUCGUUUCGGACAAAGUCACCCACGGCUUUUGUUCGUCAAUUACGGCUUUCGAAACCGCGACAGAAAAUCGAGGGCAAGCCUGAAAAUGUAUCCUGCAAUAUUAUAGUCUACGUGUCUGAAAAGCCUUGUUUGGGACACUAUCUCUGUCCGUUAUAGCGCUUGCUGUUUUAUCGUCGAUUAUGACUGUACAUCGCCUCUUAAGACUCCCAAGAUGAAUGAACACGCUCCGCUCAAGAGCUCCUCUCCCGCCAAGAAGGGGCUGCACCUCGGGCGAUCGCUCAAAGGAAGCCUUGCCCAGGCUGCGUGCCCUCGCGACGCACCCGACGGCGCUCAGCACUCGGCGGUCGCCUUCCCCGAACCGCAGAGUCCCAAAGCGCGCUCCAGCGUGUCCGCGUGGCCUCCGGGCAAGGAGCCGCGGGCGAACGAUAAAUCGACAAAGACUCGUCUGAGCAAGUACAACUCGGACCCGAGCCACAAUGCGGCCUUUCGGACAAAGCACAUGCAGAUCUCGCUCAAGAAAAAGGCCCACGACUGCGGCUCCAAGUCGACGGAGAGCUCGCACAGGUCGGGCGCCGUCGAGUGCCAGGGGUCGGCCUCCGACGACGGGGUCGGAGUCUCGCCCGGAGCCUCCGGGCGAUGCUUUGCCCACUACGACGUGCAGAGCAUCCUGUUCAGGGCGGACGAGGACGCGGACACGUCGUUCGGUCUGGCGGCGAGUCAGAACGUGACGACGGGAGCCUCGGCGGCAUCUCAGCCGAGCAGCCCGCUCCUCAACAACAGGGAGCCCAACGCCACGUUCCCCCCCGCCGAGGAGGAGGACGACGGUGACGGCAAGAGCAACGACCUCCUCCUGAGCUGCACGAAUUUCCUCAACGAGAUCGGCCCCGAGGAGGAGAGGUGCGUUCACCUGUGCGGCGGCGGCGGCGGCGGCGACGCGUCGUCGACGGCGCAUCGCCCCGGGUCGUGGCGCACGAACGCGAGCGUGGCGGUGCUGGAGCCCGAGACGCGGUCCGGUCAGGAGCCCGAGCCGGAGCCAGAGUCGCCGUUCUGCAUCGAGCACGAGGACGUGGGCGCCCGCUAUUACAGGAAGUUCUUCUACCAAAAAGAGCACCAGAACUACGUGGGGCUCACCGAUCGCCUGGGCCCCGUGGUCGUGAGUCUGCUGCGUGAGGCUCACGCCAGCGGGGAGGAUGCGAGCAGCGGGCAGGCGACGGCGCAGUUCCUCUACCGCGUCAUCGUCAGGAGGAGCCAGCUGCACACGCUGCGCGGCUCGGUGAUGGAGGAGGCGGUGGCCAGCGCGGCGCGGCACGGCACGGCACGCGGACUGCCCGGCCGCGAUGUCCUCGAGGCGGCGCUGCCCGAGCUGCAGGCCCAGCAAGGCCUGCGGGGCCUCAAGCUCGCGGCCAACACGCACAAGCUGGCCGACAGCCUGCUGCGCAUCGACGAGCAGGAGCUGUGCUCGCAGCUCAAGGUGGGCAUCAUGUACUGCCGGGCCGGGCAGAGCAGCGAGGACGAGAUGUACAACAACGAGGAGGCCGGCCCCGCACUCACCGAGUUCCUGCACCUGCUGGGGGACUACGUCCGUCUCAAGGGCUUCGCCAAGUUCCGAGCCCAGCUCGACAACAAGAUGGACUCGACGGGAACGCACUCGCUCUACACCGCCUUCCAGGGCUACGAGAUCAUGUUCCACGUGUCCACCAUGCUGCCGUACAUGCCCAACGACCGUCAGCAGGUGCUCAGGAAGCGGCACAUCGGCAACGACAUCGUCACCGUCAUCUUCCAGGAGCCCGGCUCCCUGCCCUUCACGGCGCGCUGCGUCCGCUCCCAGUUCCAGCACGUGUUCAUCGUGGUGCGCGUCGUGGCGGAGCCCGGCGAGCCGGCCGUCUCGUACAGGGUCGCCGUCUCCCGCUCGAAGGGCGUCCCCGCGUUCGGGCCGCAGCUGCCCCGCGGCGGCUCGUUCCGCGACCCGUCCGCCUUCCGCGCCUUCCUCCUCACCAAGAUCGUCAACGCGGAGAAGGCGGCGCACAAGUGCGACAAGUUCCACGCCAUGGCGACGCGCGCCCGGCACGAGAGCCUGCGCGAGCUGGCCGAGAAGUCGGUGACGACGACGGCGCUGGACGCCAACACGCGCUUCGCCUUCCCGCUCAACCCGUGGCGCAAAGAGAAGCUGGUGCCCAGGCCCCGUGCCGAGCUGCUCAGCAGAGGGGCCCUGGUGUGGGACGUCCUCGCGCGAGACUUCUGCUCCUCGUCCGCCGCCGCCGACGACGACGACGACACCGACGCCGCCGACGACAAUGCCGACGACAAUGCCGACAACGACGUGCCGUGCUUCCUGGCGCUGUCCGCCUCGAGCCUGGUGCUGGUGGAGAAGGCGUCCGGGCUGGUGGUGUUCCACCGUGCCAUCGACCAAGUGCUGGGUUGGACCCCUGGCCGGCGCUCGCUCAGGAUCGAGUUCGAGGAAGGGGGGUUUCUGUGCUUGACCGGCUCGCAGAAGUACUGCGAUGAGAUGCCGGGAAUCGUUCAAAGGCUGGAGGUUUGGUGCACUCCCCUGAGGUCCCACGGCAACCAGUCCGUACAGCAAGGGUGAAUGAACAAUGCGGAUUCGUGCGGCUACUCAGUUACUCGGUUCACCUGCUCAUAACCAAUUCACCCCCCCCCCCCCCCCAUAUGAAAUCACAUUUUUACAUCGCAUUUUAAAAUACAUGUUGCAUAUUCCACAACAAUUUUUGUCGCAAUAAUAAUCACAAUUACAAAGCUGUGCACAGUGAUAACCGUACAGGGAUUAAACCUUCGAAACGGUGCUUUGCGUUUGCUUUGGUAAUGUGUAGAGGAGCUCUGACAGUGAAACUCAACAGGCACAGGAGCCGAGUGUAGCUGAUGAACGUCGCUCCUUUCUAGAGUUCCAAAUUCAAUGUCACGAUCGGUACAUUUCUCCACCGCCUCCGAUGGCUUAUGCAUUCUGAAUGAGUGGUUAAAGUAAACUUUUGUAAUUGUAUUUAUCAGCAAGAUAUUGUGCAGCCUAACCCGACAAUACUGUAUUUUUUUGUAUCACAAUAUAAUUUUGGGAGAAUAUGUAUCGCCGUCUAUUUAACCCAUAUACGCCUCGCAAUUUAUAACGUCCCUAUGUCAGGGGAACUCUUCUGGUGAAUAAAGCAAUUUUAUCAAAGCGUGCACAGCAAAAUUCCAUUACUCCGCAAACUCCCGUACAAGAAGCGUGCACGUGAAAUUGCAACAUCGGUAACUUUGUAACACGUCGGCUUUCGCGACCAACGAUUCACGAUUGAUUGUUGGGUCAGAUAGUCCGCACCCAAUUGUUAAAGUGGCUCUGCAAUAGGCCGGCGUGCGUAAGAAUCAUAAAACGGCACGUUUGUUCACGCGGCGACUUUAUUUAUUUGACCGUGUCAGGUGGAGGAGGGCGUACGACACACAUCGGCGUGUCACUCGCGCGGCGGUCUGCCCCGACAAUGUGUGUGUGUGUUGAACUUCUUUCGCAUCGCUCGCAGCCAACGGCGCACAUCGGAGGUGCGGGGGAAGGGCAGCAAACUAAACGCGCACAAAAAAAGAUGCGAGUGCCUUGGUCAGAGGUCGCAAACGGGUUUUGAUUCCUUACCCGUACCCGUACCCGGCCGCACCAGGGUCGCAAAUGGGUACCCGUACCCGUUCCCUACCCGUACCCGUACCCUACCCGAAAUGAGUGACAAACGGUUACUCACCAGUGACUCACGGCCUACCCGUACCCGUACCCGGCCGCACCAGGGUCGCAAACGGCUACCCGUACCCGUACCCGGCGGGGUACGGGUAGCCGGGUAUCGGGUAGGGUACGGGUAUCGGGUACCCGGUUGCGACCUCUGGCCUUGGUGUCGUUGGCUGCAGCACGGCGCAGCAGAGAUGCCCGGGUGAAAUCCCACGUGGCAUCGCAGACGCAGAGGGUAUGAGACGUGGCACACCCCCCCCACACCCCGCUGGUAAAAUGCAGCGAUUGAUUAGUAAACAGAACUUCCAUGCGUUCCCCACAGGAGUGGCGAAGUGAACACUAAUGACACGUCUGUCAUCUGGGCACGGGAGACUAAUUUUUUUCAUCUGUCCCACGUGCAGCUGUGGGUGGCAUGAACUCAACUUCGUUUAUUAAAUCUUGAUUUCAAGCUUUCGUGACUGCAGGAAUCCAUACUCUUUGGUUUUUUCGGUAAAGUCACGUGGGUAGAAAAAUAAAAUAAAUCACGACGUUUCGGGCGCAACACAAGCGUCCGUCAUUUAUUUUAUUUCAUACCUACGUGACUUUACCGAAAGAACCAAAGAGUAUCGGUUAUUAAAGCUGCAUCUGUUGGUACGAUGCCUCCAUGAAUGUGUAUGCGUGUAUGACGCACAUAGGGACGUGAUUUCUGACUGACUUGUUACGCGAAGCAGUGGUAGUUUCUGCGACUCACCUUCUGACCCAAACAGAAGACACCACACACGUGCUGGCAAGAGAGAUAUUUCUCAUACAAUUCGAGUUACGACGUUCCUCUGCAUGGUGUUUACUACAAUCAGCUUCGUCGAGGUGAUUAGCCAGAAGCGUGAAGAAUGUGGUGCCACCACUGUGAGCCUAUCACGUGCAGAGACUAAUUGGGGGUCAAUAUAGUCACGUUAUUGACUAUGGAUCAUUGUUCAGCUGAGAAUAUGUGGAUUCCCUCUAUGCGUUGAAAUGAACAUGUCACCAUGCAUGCG